AUCAUUUCAAGGGAAUAACUUAAGUAUAUUCAUAUACUCCAAAUGAAGAUUUAUCUUUUUAUUCUCUCACUCGCAUUGUGGCUUUUGAAUAUCUUGGCCCUUAAGGAUCCCAUUUGCGGUCAGAAAACUAAGGUCAAUAAAUGUAUAGUGCUGGGUAAAGAAUCUCCAGUGUUUUAUGGCUAUAAUGAAACAAGUGAUGAGUGUUACAAAAUCAAAAAUCCCUGUCAAAAGUCAGUCAGAAGAUUUGCAACCAAAGCGAUCUGUGAGCAGAUAUGCCAGGAGAAGUGAUAGAAAUAUCUUAUGUAAACAUGUUUGGUUUUUAACAGAAAAACGAUAAAUAUAAUUUCUUGAAAAGCUUUGAUUGUG